CACAUUUAUUUUUAUCAAUUUAAUAAAGUUUAUCGGAUAACAUUCUAAACCAAUUUGUUAUAAAUCGGUGUGAAGAAAAGACAUUGGUGUGUACCAGUGUAUCCAACCAUACCAUUUAUGUGAAUCAUGGAGGACACAGACUGCAUCAGUAGAUUCUUCAAUGUAGAAGAAAAUACAACAUCUCUUAGCCCAAGAAUUCUGCCAAAAGCGUUUUCACCGAGCAAAAGCUUGGACUCGUCGCAAGACCUGAGCCAGGCGUCCAUAGAAUCAGAAGAGCUCAGUCUAUCACAACUAACUAUAGAAGAACAAGAACCGCUAGAUAUACAACCUUUUUUCAACAUCACACCAAGAGCAAUGCCAGUGUCACCACACUAUGUAAUCGAAGAAGAGUUUUCAUCAAACCCCUGGGCGAUGUUAAUAGCAACAAUUUUCCUAACUAAAACUUCGGGAAAAACCGCCAGGCCCUACAUAAAAACAUUCUUCGCAGAAUAUCCAACACCUUAUCAUGUUUUAAGUGACACGCCAUUAUCUUUAGAAAGGUUCUUUGAUAACUUAGGAUUAAGGAAAAGAGGUCAUAUGAUAUGGAAGCUCAGUUAUCAGUUUGUUUCUUCAAAAUGGCGACGAGCCAGUGACUUAUGCGGCAUUGGUAAAUACGGCGAGGAUGCUUACAGGAUAUUCUGUCUGGGUCACACGGAUGUAGACCCUACCGACAGGUAUUUAAAGUUGUAUUUAGAUUGGUUGUGCGGCCACACUGAGUUUUUGGAGGAAAGCGGCGCUGUAGACAGUGAAUAUCUAAUUGAAGAUCCGAUUAUGAAGUAUUACAGAAUUACAUUGAAUUGAGAGAUGAGAAUUCGAUUUCUGUGUGAUAAAUAUAAAAGUUUUCUUGGAAGUAAUGUUGAUGUCGAAUAACUUUAGUAUCUUGUGUUAAUGUUUGUUUUAGUAAACUGUGUCAGGUAUUUUUAUUUGUUUUAAAUAUGUCUGUUACAGGUAGGUAGGUAGGU